AUGGCAGAAAUCCGAAGACCUUCAUCUUCAUCAACCGUUCUCGACACUCUAGGCGAAGAAAUCGUUAGAAUCAUCACUCCCGUUUCAAUCUGCAUGUUCCUCGUUGUAAUCCUAGUCUCAAUUCUCAACACAAACGAUUCCCCAACAAUCUCCACCAUAGCCAACAUAGCAUACGACGAAACAACCUCAGAUUCUUCCUGGGACAAAUUCCUCGGCGCACUUCUAAACUCCUUAUCCUUCGUAGUCGUUGUAACCUUCACCACUUUCUUCUUAGUCCUCCUCUUCUAUUUCCGAUGUAUCAGGUUCUUAAAACUCUACAUGGCUUUCUCUUCUUUCGUCGUUUUAGGUUUCCUCGGAGGCGAAAUUUCUGUGUUUUUGAUUCAACAUUUUAGUACUCCAAUUGAUUGUAUAACGUUUUCAAUUGUUUUGGUUAAUUUCGCUGUUGUUGGUGUUUGUGCUGUGUUUAUGUCGAAAAUGGCCAUUUUUGUUACACAAGGGUAUUUGGUUGUUAUUGGAAUAUUGGUUGCUUAUUGGUUUACUAUGUUGCCUGAAUGGACAACAUGGGCCAUGCUUGUUGCUAUGGCUUUGUAUGAUCUUGCUGCUGUUUUGUUGCCUGUUGGGCCUUUAAGGCUUUUGGUUGAACUUGCCAUUUCAAGAGAUGAAGAGAUUCCAGCUUUGGUUUACGAGGCUAGGCCGGUGAGUAAUGAUAGGUUGGAUGAUGUUGCGGCUCGGAGGAGGUUAUGGAGAGAGCGGAGGAUUGAGAAUUCAAAUUUGAUAACUGAGAAUGAAAAUCCUGUGUUGGGUGGUAGUGGACUCAAUGCUGAACAAUCACACUCCAAUCAAGACGCGAACGCUGUUGUUAGUUCAAAUUCAAACAGAAGUGCUUCGAAUUUGGAUUCUAGUAGCUCUUAUGGGCCUUGUAACUUGGUAAAAGCGGAAGAGGGGCGAGUGCAGGUUCGAGAAACUGAUUCAGAUCUUGCCACGCCGUUGCUUGGUCAUGGAAAUGUGCGGGUUCCUAUAGGAGAAGAUGCUGCGUCGAAUGAGAAUUUGAUGUUGGAGGGAAUUGGAUUGGCUUCGUCCGGUGCAAUCAAAUUGGGGCUUGGCGAUUUUAUCUUUUAUAGUGUUUUGGUUGGCAGGGCUGCAAUGUAUGAUUUUAUGACAGUGUAUGCAUGUUAUCUCGCAAUUAUUGCAGGUCUCGGCAUAACUUUGAUGCUUUUGGCUUUUUAUCAGAAAGCCUUGCCUGCACUACCUGUGUCAAUAGCACUGGGUGUGUUGUUUUAUUUCUUGACUAGAUUAUUACUUGAAGUAUUUGUAGUACAAUGUUCAUUGAAUCUCUUAAUGUUCUGA